GCCGAGCGCGAGCAGCUCUUGCACUUUGCCCUCCCAGGCGGCCGCGUGCGCAACCCGAUCUUUGAGGAGCCCGUGUCCAAGCAAGAGCUCGCUCAGCAAGACUACGCACACCGCAACGACGACGCCCAAGAGUCGCCAGACGACAAGAUCGCAACGCUGCAAGCCACCGUCGACCACCUCGUCACCGUCGUCGAGUCGAUGCGCCAGCGACUGGAGACUUCGCACUUCUAA